AUGAACAAUCAACUCAAGCAAUCGUUAUUCGAUGUUCCUACAAAUACCAGACUAACUAUUGGUUCAAUUGCUCCUGUUUUAGAUAGGUUUGUUAAACCUGGGUAUUUGACGCCCAAUGAAUCUAAUUAUUUGCAGUUAAUUUUAGUUGAAAGAUUAGCAGAAAAUUCUACUGAUAAAGAAUUAUUGAAACUAUUAUCACGAUUUUUGACUCCACUGAUUUACGAUGAUAUUGUCGAGGAAAGAAAUUUAAGUAAACUAUGUGGUUAUCCUGUUUGUCAUAAGAGGUCGAUUAAAAACAAGACUCUUAAUAUAAAUAAAAUCCGAACUCCCUACAGUUAUUUGAACAAUUAUUGUACAAAAGAGCAUUAUCAGUGUUCCGAGUUUUAUAAAAAUCAGUUGCUAGACGAAGCGGUUUUUAAUAGAAGCAAUAUAACUUUUGUUAAGGUUGGAGAAUUGUUUUAUGAGAAAAACAUUUCGCUUUUGGAAGAUCUUUGGGAGUUUAAACAAGAUAAUGAAGAGUUGUCUUUGGUCGAGAUAUUAAGAAAAUUGAAUCUCAAUCAAGACAAACAUAUUACUAGUACUAGUAGUAGUGAUAAUAAUGGAAAUGGAAAUGGGAAUGAUAAUCGAAAUAGUAUAACCACUAUUAAUAGUAAUAAAGAAAAGCCGAAUUUUGGAAAAGUAUCAUUUGAAACCGAUUUGCUUAGUGAUGUAAUUGAAAGAUAUUCAAGUGUUAAUAGAGAAGAGAAUUUUAAUGAUAUUAAAUGUGAUGAUGAAAGUAAUGAUGAAAGUAAUGAUGAAAAUGGAAGUAUUAAUAUUGAUAAAAAGAAACAUAAAUCAAUUGAAGGAUAUCAAGCAAUUUUUUAAUUUUUAAUUUUUAAUUUUUUUUUCUUUGAAUUAUAUAAGACUAUUUACAUUAAAUAAUAAUUAG